CGGUCAGUGCUGGAACUUGACAAGUCACAAAGCUGCUGAUUAGUUUCAGACUAAACUUGACGUCAAGGUUGGGUUGGUCGCUUUAUUUCUCAUCGUAAGAAACUGUUAACACUUUAAUAAUGGGGAAAAAAGGCAAAAAAGGUGGAGGAGGAGGAAAUAAAGAUAAACCACCUCCAGAUACACCACAACAGCAGGGCCAGCCACAGCCUCAACAACAAGGGCAGCCGCGGCCACAACAGCAGGGGCAGCCGCAACCACAACAGCAGGAGCAGCCACGGCCACAACAGCAGUGGCAGCCACGGCCUCAACAACAGGGGCAGCCGUGGCCACAACAGCAGGGGCAGCCGCAACCACAACAGCAGUGGCAGCCACGGCCUCAACAACAGGGGCAGCCACAGACCAAAGAACAUUCAGUGGGCCCUGGAGGGGAUUUUUCUGGUCCAGGAGGGUCUAGUAGAAGCAAUCAGGACCAAGGCAGGCAAUGGGGCCCUCAAGGUGGUCAAGGAUACCAGGGCCACACAGGAGCAAUGGGUCCAAGCCCUCCAGGAUCAAUAUACUCUGAUGAUGGGCAAAGUGGUGGUUGGAGAGGAAGAGGACGUGGUGAUAGAGGCGGUAGGGGAAGAGGAGGAGGCCCAAGAGGGCCUGAUAGACAACAACCAAGUCAAUAUACACAACCACCACCGCAAGGAGCAAUGGGUCCAAGCCCUCCAGGAUCAAUAUACUCUGAUGAUGGGCAAAGUGGUGGUUGGAGAGGAAGAGGACGUGGUGAUAGAGGCGGUAGGGGAAGAGGAGGAGGCCCAAGAGGGCCUGAUAGACAACAACCAAGUCAAUAUACACAACCACCACCGCAAGGAGCAAUGGGUCCAAGCCCUCCAGGAUCAAUAUACUCUGAUGAUGGGCAAAGUGGUGGUUGGAGAGGAAGAGGACGUGGUGAUAGAGGCGGUAGGGGAAGAGGAGGAGGCCCAAGAGGGCCUGAUAGACAACAACCAAGUCAAUAUACACAACCACCACCGCAAGGAGGCCCCGGUCUACUCAGUCAACCUCCACAACAACAAUUUUCCGGACCUCCUCCGUCAGUCCAGCAACAAUUUUCCGGACCUCCUCCAUCAGUCCAGCAACAACCUGCCAGACCUCCUCCAUCAGAAGAACAACAACCUGCCAGACCUCCUGUUCAGGAAUUGGAUGGGUCUGAUGUUUCUUCAGAUUCGUCGUCUAUUGGUCAGGUCACUAGUGGUGUGGCUGCAUUGAAGGUGUCCUCAUCAGGAAAUGGGUCAAAAGGACUCUGGCCUAUACCUGAAAGAACAAAGUUGGCGGACAAAAAUAACAUGGUUGGAACACGAGGGAGAGUUAUAGAAAUUGAAGUUAAUCAUCUAUUACUUACCCUAAAGAAGACGACCCAGGCUUGUCAUUAUGAUUGUGAUUUCAAGCCUGAUGCCCCCAAGAAACUAUUUAGACCAGCAAUUAGGGAGAUGCAGAGAAAACACUUCCCAAAUCGAUAUCCAGCAUUUGAUGGAAGAAAAAACUUGUACUCUUCUGGUGAACUACCUUUUGGUAAAGUAAUCCGAGACACAGUCUCAGUAAGUGAUCCUGAAAGAAAAGAACCAAAGGAAUUCGAUGUAACAAUAAAAUUUACAAACUAUGUUGACAUGUCACAGAUUUCAAAAUAUUUCAGUCAGAGAAUGGAUUUUCCCCAAGAAGCAGCUCAAGUAUUGGAUAUUGUUUUGCGAAGUCCUGCAGCAAUGAAUUUCACACCAGUAGGGAGAUCUUUCUUCACACCUCCCAAAAAUCAGAUAAUUAGUCUAGGAAAUGGACUAGAAUUGUGGUAUGGAUUCUACCAAAGUUCUGCUUUGGGGUGGAGGCCAUUUCUUAAUGUAGAUGGUAUGUAUUGCGGCGUGCAUCCAGUGACCAUGCGUACACUGUCAUCACCGCUGCAGCAGCCUGCGACUGCUGUGUCACUCGCACCCCCCACACCACCACCCGACUCUGCUGUACCGCCCGCGUCCCGCGCUCCUGCCUUCUCCACGCCUGGCCCCGACAUCAUGCCGCCAGGUAGUGAAAAUGAGUUCACCAGAGUGGAAAAAAAAGAAGAAAAGCCUGGAACCGGACUGUUGGGUGGGGUUGAGGGGAGUCAACCUCCUCCCCCGGGAAGCUGUAGCGUUUUGAUUGCCGGAGCGAAUGACAUCGGAGCCAGUCGGUGUAAGGGGUCUGUGCUGCUGGACUUCAACACCAUCGGGAGGCGACACUUCACUCGCCAUGGCCAGCACCUGACUAUGAGGGGAAAGUGGCUUCUUGCCGAACUGGUGGUGGUCGGCCUGAAGAAGGCUAGCUUAGUCACUGCUGGCCGGUCACCAUCACCACCUCCGCCAUCACUACAAAAAUCUUCAUUGCCACCCCCACCGCCUCCAUCACCUCCUCUUUUUGUAAUAACGGAAAACGGUUUCAACAAGGACAACGUUUGCAAAACACCAGUAGCUAUUGCUGCGGUGGCUCUGUCCGACACCCCGAACCUGUCACUCAUCAAGGAUGUUGUUGUCAACGUUGAACGCAUUUGUGUAGACGAAGAAGGCAACAAAACCCCUACAUCACACUCAACAUCUGGCGACGCAGACGGCGGCAUGAUGUCGGGGCCAGGCGUGGAGAAGGCAGGAGCGCGGGACGCGGGCGGUACAGCAGAGUCGGGUGGUGGUGUGGGGGGUGCGAGUGACACAGCAGUCGCAGGCUGCUGCAGCGGUGAUGACAGUGUACGCAUGGUCACUGGAUGCACGCCGCUACAUGUUUUUAUUACUUUCAGCCCCCAUCUAAUGGAUUCACCCACCAUGCUGGUAGGAGCUGAUGUGACGCAUCCAUCCCCUGACCAGACUACAAUUCCAUCAGUGGCAGCUGUGGCUGCUAGUCACGACCGUAGAGCAUUCCAGUAUAAUAUGAUCUGGAAACUGCAGGAACCAAAGUUGGAGAUCAUUGAAAAAAUGCAGGAAAUAAUGGUUGAACAAUUAAAAUUCUUCUAUAGAUCUACCAAGCAGAAACCACAGAAGAUAAUAUUCUACAGAGAUGGUGUCAGCGAUGGCCAUUUUAGUGAGGUGUUGAACUCAGAAUUAUCAGCCAUCCGUGCUGCUUGCAGAUCUCUUCAAUCAGAUGGUAGUUAUAAACCAUCUGUGACAUUCUUGGUCGUUCAAAAACGCCAUCACACCCGAUUUUUCCCCACUAGGAGAGAGGAUGAGGACGGCAAGAACAAGAAUGUUCCUCCAGGAACCAUAGUUGAUACCAUGAUUACUCAUCCUAGGGAAAUGGACUUUUAUCUUGUUAGUCAUGCCAGCCUACAGGGUACAAGCCGCCCUACAAAAUACCACAAGCUAUGGGACGACAGUAAUAUAAGCGAGGAUGACCUGGAAGAAUUGACAUACUACUUAUGUCACUUGUUCACUCGCUGCACUCGCUCAGUCAGUUACCCUGCUCCCACCUACUAUGCCCACUUGGCAGCUGCUAGGGGCAGAGUCUAUCUUGAAGGGCAACAAGUGAACUUGUCAAGUCUGGAACAGGAGAUGAGAAUCAGAACUAUUAAAGACUCAAUCGUGAGGGAAUCACCCAUGUUCUUCGUAUGAGAUGCUUCUAUCUUGUUGGCUAUACAGAGAACUUAAAACAUUUUUGUUUAUUAUAAUCUAGGUGUUUGAUUUUUCAAAGAUAUAACAUGCAAUUGUUUAGCUUGUUUUGCUUUUUUACUUAUGUUUACCUUUAGCUUUUUUUCCAUCUCCCUAUUUUUAUAUAAUAUUCUUUCAGGUUGGUUUAACUUGUUCUUCAUAUUUUCUAAUUAUGGUUGUAUUUAUAGUUUAAUAACAGUCAAACUACUACAAUUAAUGAUGAAAUGUAACAUUUCAAAGGUAAGAAGUUGAUGACUGAAAUUAUUUUUUGUUUACCAUAGUAAAUUAUUAUUAAGAUCUUUGGAUUUGAAUAAAUUUAUGAAUUAAUAUUCA